UCUGAUUCCUUUUCUGAGGAUGUGAAAUUAUAAAUUUAUCCCUGUCCUUUCUCUCGUCAUGCCAUAGCCAACCUGUGCUACGCGAGAUAAUAUGUUUCUCUUUCUCAACAGACACGGGAAGAGUGCGAGGGCCCCAUUUGAUAUGCAACUAUGCCGCAAAAACACCUCUUAGCCUACCUACACAUCCUGCAAGCUGAUGACUUGCAUGAAGGCCAAAUGGAAGAAACUAUGGUGCCAAGCAUUAUAAUCUGCAACACGAUUAUGCUAGUGCUGGCCUCAACUGGGGUUUUUGUCAAGCUUCUAAUGCUGGGCCAUGCUCGAAAUAUUGGCACCGAUAGUGCAGUGACUAGAUAUGGAUACGGCAAACACAUCGGAGCAGUUGAAGCAGACAUACCUGCGAUGUCUAUGUUUUUGAAGCUUGUCGUCGUGACUGCUAUUUCCUAUCUCAUUGCGAUUACUGCAAUCCAGAUUUCAUUCUGCUUACUAUAUAAACGAUUGUUUGCAGUAACCCAUGUCGGCUGGGCUUACUGGCUUCUUAUAACCGUUGUGGUAUUGCAGUUUAUCGAAGAACUGUUCGUAUAUGUUUUUCAGUGCUCGCCAGUUCGAAAGCUUGUGGACGCCACUGGUUUAGUCCAAGGGAGGUGUUUGGAUCUUUACGUCUUCUACCUUAUUUCUUUCUCCACGAGGCUGGUUACAAAUAUUGCUAUCUUUACACUGCCAAUCCCCAAAUUACUGAAACUUCAGAUGAAGCGUGGAGCAAAGGUGGGCGUUGUCUUAUAUUUUGGACUUGGGUUAUUAGUUUGUGCUACCAGCAUCAUCCGAGCCACUUACUUGAAACACUUCCAAGAUGACUACACAUGGGAUCUCGUACCUGCAUUAAAUUGGUCAGCUGUGGAGGUCUGCACUGCGAUAUUCAUAGCUUGUAUCCCUUCAUUCAAGGUUCUGGUUACCGUGUUUUUCCCUUUACUGCGAAAGUACAUGGGAUUCUCAAGUGGUAGCACGCCUCAUCAACACAAUGAGGAGAACUCUGGCAACUCUCCUGCUGAUUAUUUCAAUUUACCUGCUACCCAGAGAGGCCAAGGCACGCCUGACUGUUUUCCAUUACCCUCCCCGGUUGUAGAAUAUCACGAACCCCCAAAUUUGAUUAUGUCCGGUGCGAUAUCCAGUGUGCCUGAAGGUCGUGCCUGGCGCCAGGAUCCGCGCUUAAGUUGCAAUAUCGGUGGCAGUGUACAAAAAUAA